GCAUCAGCACACGGGCACAUAAAAGUUGUUGAAGUACUCCUCGAGAAGGAAGCAGAUAUCAACAUUGCCAACAAUGACGGAACGACAUGUGUUCACUCUGCAGCUAUAAACGGGCACCUGGAGAUUGUCCAUCAGCUUCUCAAUAAUAAAGCAGAUAUCAAUAUUGCUGACAACGACGGAGAGACUCCCCUUUACUCUGCAGCGCUGAACGGGCACCUGGAGGUUAUCCAAGUGCUGCUUGGCAGGGAGGCGGAUGUCACGAUUCCCAACAAUAAUGGAUGGACGCCAUUACACGCUGCAUCAUCGGAAGGGCACCUAGAGGUUGUCGAGGUGCUUCUCGACAACCAAGCAGACAUCAAUACUGACAACAACAAUGGAGAGACGCCUUUAUGCGCUGCAACCGUAAAUGGGCACCUGGAGGUUGUCCAGACACUU